AGUGCAUGACACCACUGAUUUGCAACCAAUGCAUGACUUUUGAUUUUUCCAUAAUUAAUUCAUUUCUAUUAGUGUACUAAUUGAUAAUUAAGUGUAACUUAAUAUCUAAAUUGUGUUUCGCAAAAAGUGUCAUUAAUUUCUAUAUAAAACUCAUUCAAAGUUUUGUGUGUCGUUUGCGAAGCGUUUGCUUCAAAUAGGAGUUGCAUUGCAUUGAACUCCAGUGUUUGGAUUAUCCGGAUCAUUGUGAACAGCUUUCAAUGCAGUCUAAUCUCCAAAACCAUAGCUCCAGUUAUCAUAUGAAUAAUAUGGGAACCGCUAACUCGAUGGCCGUACCCACCAAUGAGGCCAAUGACCCCAACUAUAGUUUUGCCGAUACUAUUAAGGAGAUCAACGAUUUGUUGUUCACAUCCAUGGCCACCAAUGAUCACACAUUCACCACAAACAUGACCCCUCAAUACACCGGUAGUUCCUCUCAAUACACGGGUCAUCAGACCCAACACUUUCUCGUCCAGCAGUUCCCU